UUUCAGGAAGCUGGUCACAUCCUGAUGCUCAGCAGCACUUCUUCCUCCAAUUGUUCCCGAGUUUGCGUUCCUCCUCCCAGCACUUCAGAAUCCAGUACCAGUCUGCUGACCACACGCUUCAGCAGAACCAGCAUGAAGCUGAGCUCAGAGAAAUGCCAGUCCUUAACGGCCCCACAGCAUGACUGCUAGCAGGUGUCCUCCACGUUCUGGCUAUGGCAUGGUGGCCCACCCAGAGUGCCACGCAGGACUGGGGCGAGGAGGUGGAGGAGGGUGCCAUCUACAACGUGACGCUGCGUCGGGUGCACAUCCAGCAGGCUGCCAACAAGGGGGCACGCUGGCUAGCGGGAGACGCUGAGCGGCUGCCACCGGGUCACAUGGUCAAUCAGCAGGACACCCACAAGAUCCGCAUCAUCAAGGCAGGGACACUGGAGCGGCUGGUGGAGACGCUGCUGACCUCCCCUGGGGACAACGACUCCAUCUACGCCAGCGUCUUCCUGUCCACCUACCGUUCAUUCGCCAGCAUAGCCCAGGUCCUUCACCUUCUGCUGGACAGGUACGGGGGGCAGGAGGAUGACCAUGGAGACCCCAGCCAGGCAUUGGUGCACAGUGCCAUCAGUUGCGUUCUCAGAACCUGGCUUGACCAGUACACCGAAGACUUUUCAGAGCCCCCGGACCACCCCAACCUGCACAGGGUGCUCAAGUACCUCCAGAGGGCUCUGCCUGGAUCAGACACCGAGAGACACGCUCAGGCACUGCUGGAGCAGCUGCGACGAGCCGAGAGUGGGCAGGGGCAUGCAGAGGUCCUCUACACAAGUGACGCAGACAAAGUGGAUGCCGAGACACCACUGGACUUUAUGUCCAUUCCAGAGGAGCUGGUGGCGGAGCAGCUGACGUGGAUGGACGCAGAACUUUUCCGGAAAGUGCUGCCCCAUCACUGCUUGGGGUCCGUCUGGUCACAGAGGGACAAGGAGGAUAAGAAAGACAUUGUGAGCACCAUCAGGGCCACCAUCAGCCAGUUCAACGCUGUCACCAACUGCGUGGUGGCCACGGUGCUGCAGGGUAAAGACCUCAAGCCACAGCAGCGGGCCAGAAGUAUCGAGAAGUGGAUCUGCAUUGCUCAGGAGUGCCGCAUUCGUAAGAACUUUUCGUCGCUGCGAGCGGUCAUCUCGGCACUCCAGUCCAACGCCGUGUACCGUCUGAAGCGCACCUGGGCCUGCGUAGCCAGGAACAGCAUGCAGGUGUUUGAGGAGCUCUCCAGCAUUUUCUCGGACCACAACAACCACCUGACCAGCCGGCUGCUCCUGAUGAGGGAGGGGACAUCCAAGUUCGCAAACCUCGAGGGGGGCCGGAGAGAAGUCCAGAGGCGCAUGCAAAGAGGACAGGGCACAAUGCAGGGCACAGUGCCAUACUUGGGCACAUUCCUCACUGACCUGACCAUGCUGGACACAGCGUUACCGGACUACGUCGAGGACGGCCUCAUCAACUUCGAGAAGCGUCGGCGGGAGUUUGAAGUCAUCAUGCAGAUCAAGCUCCUGCAGUCGGCCUGCAACAACUACUGCCACCGGCCGGACAGGGCCUUCCUCAGCUGGUUCGGCGGUCUACCCCGAUGGUCUGACAAGGAGAGCUACCUUCGCUCGUGCAGCAUUGAAGUGCCGCCAGACGCCAGCCCCACAUCCCUCAAAGCCCCCCGGAGCAUGGUGAAGCGGCUGAGCUUGUUGUUCCUGGGCACAGAUCUAAUGACCAGCCUGUCGCCAGGGAGGGAUGGCACCAAGCCAAUGCCCAGCAACAGCUCCGGGGAGAGCAUGGAUUCCAUCAGCCUGUCGUCCUGCGACUCCAGCCCCUCAGACCUCGAUCUGUCAAAUGUAGAUUCUGCUGAGGGUCCACCAAGGAAAAUGCCCUCCACAGUGCCAGCUGAUGAGCCCCAUUGUGAUGCCACCACAGUGCUACAGUCCCCGCCAAGCAAGGAGAGGCGAAUCGUGCGGGUCAGUGUGCCAGACAGCCUGGGCAACGUGUACAAAAGUAUACUGCUCAACAGCCAGGACAAGACACCAGCGGUGAUUGCGAGGGCCAUGGCAAAGCACAACCUGCAGGAGGAGGGCAGCGAGGACUACGAGCUGGCACAGGCUGUAGCCGAGGAUGGAGAACUACUGAUCCCAGAUGAUGCCAACGUAUUCUAUGCCAUGAAGAGAGCAGCCAGCUUCAACUUGAUCCUGCGACCCAAGGGCUCCACUGCCAUCUCUGGAAGGCCACGCACUCAAUCCAGCUGCACUCUGCCUCAGGCCAGGCAGAGGGCCAACCUUGGCACCCCUUAAGCAUGAUGCCCACCCUGCAAUAAGAGAGACUUCUUGGGGGGCCGCAUGACAAAUGCAUAAAGCAUUUUGAUUGGCCGAUAAGCGCAGAGAACUCUGCCACCUGGCAGCGCAUGGCAGGCACAAGUAGAACCUCCCUGGGAAAUCAAAUGCCAGUCAUGGGAAGGAGGAUGUGGAUCAAUGCCAGCAAAGAGCCACCCCUUACCGCCCGCCCGCCCAGUUACCCCCGACGAGCAAACACAAAGCUCCACACAGCACAGGGCACUGGCUUCACAGCUUU